AGCAAAAAAAUAGACAUUGUUAAAAAAGACAACUUCUUUAAUGAAGAGGUGACAGUGGAGGAACGGGAAAUUAUAGCUCAGCGUGUGGCACUUCAGCAAAGACAAUUUGCAGCUUAUGAAAGACGUGAGAAUAUCAGAAAAUCUGCCAAGAUCAGAAAAAUGUUUGAUUACGUAUGUGACGAAGAGAUUUUAGAGUGUCUCAAAGACUGCAAUGGAGACGAAGAUGAGGUUAUUUAUCGUCUAACAAAACCGGCGUAUUUGUGUGACAUUCGUAAAGCUAUUUCAUUGAAAUACGCCAAAGAAGAAGAAAGUUAUGCACCUUUGAUGACUUCUGAACAGCGGACCGCUUACGAACAGCUCUUAAAAAAGAGAUCAGUUACUUUAAAGAAAACAACCAAUGAUCAAGCCAAAAAACAAUAUCGUAUGUGUGGCAGAUUAGGUCUAGAUGAGGCUUUGGAGCAAUUCCAAAAUAAUCAAAUUGAUCCUGAAAAGGCCUUUGAAGGAUGGUCACAGGCCCGUAUUAAGGCUUACCAAAUGAUUGAUCAAAAUCCUAACAGUUACUAUUAUCGAUUCAAUGCGCCUGGUGAAGUACAACGUAAAGGACAGUGGGACGAGCCUGAGAAAAAAAUGUUCUUUGACAGAUUAGCUGAUGUCGGUGCAAAUGGUCAAUGGGGAUUAUUUUCUAUGACUAUUCCUGGAAGAGUUGGCUACCAGUGUUCCAACUUUUAUAGACUUUUAGUCGAGACACAAACCAUCAAUGAUCCUAAUUAUGUGCUUGAUGAGCGUGGUAAAGCGCAUUACUUGUUUGAUAAAAAAAGCGCUGAUGGACAAAUCAAAAAAACGUUUCGUACCCAUUCCAAACACGCUUCCAACUCAGAUCCUGCGGACGAGAGCGGACCUUCCACAGCCUCACCACGCAAAGGACGACGACAACCCGCCAAAGCAGGUACACGAAAACGUCGAUCACGUUUCGCAGACAGUGAUAGUGACGAGGACUCCAACUUGUUUGAUGAUGAUUUCUCUGGAAACUAUUCAACACGAGCUGCUCGAGAUGAAGAAGAUGAAAAUGGUCAAAGAAAGAGCAAACGAGCACGAAGACCGACGGCAGCGGCCAUUGAGUCUGGAUUGGCUACAAGUGGAUCAUGGCACAAUGAAACGGAAGAGACAGAUCCGAUGUGUCCUUUACCUGGCUUUGUAGACCCAAUCACAUUAGAGCAGGUGAUCAAACCCGCCAUUUCAAAAUAUGGACAUGUGAUGGGAUAUGACAGCUGGACUCGAUGUCUAACAAAUUGGGAAGGAAAAAGAAAUAUCUGUCCGCUGACUAAAAAGGCUCUUACAAAACGGGAUUUAGUCAUACUAACAUUUGAUAAUCUCGACGAAUACAAGUAA